UGUAACGCCGUAAGUUAUCCAUUAAACUGUCGCCAAAGACGAAUGAGCGAUGUGGCCACGUACAGCUUUUUCUGUACUACAACUCCCAGAAUCCCCCCCCCAACAGGGCUAUUGGAACCUCUGAACUAGUGUGGAAAGGUUAACACGAGUUAUAAGACAAAAAGCCGGCCACGCAUAGCAGUGACAGGAGCCAAGCAGCGUCUUUCCCCUGCAACUGUAUUUAUGCGAUAAGCUUCAGUUACACCCUCCUCUUCCCUCCUCCUGGACUGCAUCUCCCACAAUCCUCCGCGAUGCGCCUUCGUAGAAACAUGGCAGAUCCCUGGAGUUUUCAGCCCUGAAAGUGACCGGGGAUGGGUUUGGAAUGUUAGUAGUUAACGUGUGUUAAGCUGGUUGGAAGAUAUCUUGGGUCAUAUAUUCUAAUGUGACGGGACGUGGGAAGGAAUGAGGGCGCAAUCUGUCGUAAGAAUUGUCAAAAACAAGAUAAAAAGUUCAUAUUGCAUUCGUUGCCUGUUGUGAACUAAAAAGGAAUGGAGUUUCAUGUCCAAUACCCCCAACUUUCAUCAUGCCACACAAGGACCCAAACUGUUUCACAAAUAGAUAUGGAAAACCAACAACAUUAUGAGGGUUGUUCUGCGGGUUGCAGUCUUCAAUCCUCCCAAAGCCUUGAGGACCCUGUUUGUAUGGACCCAACAUGUAGGGCACCCUCUCGUGUGGACAGCUGUCCUGAUAUGGACACUAGACCUCCUCUCACUCCUGAGCUGAACAUCAUGGACCUGGAUGGAGAUGUGCCAGGAGAGGGAUUUCAUAUGCAGGAACUUCUAAGUGAGUUAGCAACUUUGGAAGAGCCAUUAGAGUUAAGACCCAGCCUAGAUUGUCUCAAUGAAACAUCAAACAAUCCACUGGAAGAACAACAAGAGGGACAAGCUGAGUGCGAGCCAUGUCCUUUGCAUAUAGCUAUGGGAAAAGGACUGACACAGAAACUCAGACGGGUAUCUGAAUCAGAAAUACUGCUUUCAAACAGUCGAGGUCUCUUUCUCACAGAUGCUGGCUCGGAAGAAUUAUUGCACUUAUUUCAGCAUGAAGAAGGAGUGCUGGCAGAUGUGGGUUCAGCUGUACCUUUGGCUAGGUUGGAAGAAUUGCCCAAGAACAAAUCAUCUGUCUCCUGUUCCUUACAGGAAGCUGGGGCGGGAAGCUUUGAAGAGGUAAAACAGAAGUCCUCUUCUUAUACUUCAAACUUAUGUAGAGAAGACUCAUUUAGCAGUUUGGAAGAAGUUCCAGAUGUAGAGUCACUGGAUACACCCUCAGCUACCUCCUCAAUAGCAAAAGUGCCUGGCCCUUGUGAUCCAGAGGAUCUGCAAGACGGAGUGAUAUUUGGUGCACAGUAUCUGGGGUCCACCCAAUUGCCAGGUGAAAAACACCCUGUGGCCAGCACACGCAUGAGGCAGGCUCAGGAAGCAGUAGAAAGGAUAAAGGCACCAGAUGGUGAGUCACAACCAAUGACGGAGGUUGAUAUUAUGGUGUCAACAAGAAGGGUUAAAGUGCUUUCUGCAGAUACUCAGGAGUCCUUGAUGGACUAUCAUUUACAUACAAUCUCCUAUACAGCUGACAUUGGCAGAACUGUAGUUCUUAUGGCACGCAGGAAAAUUCCCCACACACAAGACCAUUCUCCCACCCAGAGGAAGCCUAACAAAAUACUUUGCCAUGUGUUUCAGUCUGAUGAUGCUCAGCUUAUUGCUCAAGCCAUUGGUCAAGCUUUCGGUCUGGCCUAUCAGAAGUUUCUGCGCUCAGAGAAGGCUGGACCUUUAACAUCAGGAACUGGUCAAAGGGAGGAACAACUGUACAAUGCAGAUUUGCCUCACUUCAGUAAAAGUGACAACUGCAGGGAGGUAUACAUCCAGAAGCAGCGGGGAGAAAUGCUUGGCAUAGCUGUGGUUGAAUCUGGGUGGGGAUCCUUGCUUCCUACUGUGGUUAUAGCCAACCUGAUGCAUGGAGGUCCUGCUGAGCGAAGUGGAGAUCAGAGCAUUGGAGAUCAUGUGACUAGCGUAAAUGGCACCAGCCUGGUGGGGCUUCCCUUUUCAACGUGCCAAAGCCUAAUCCAGGACGUAAAAGGUCAAAGUGAAGUCAUUCUGAGUAUUGUUCGCUGCCCUCCAGUGAUCACUGCCAUCAUUCAGAGACCCAGUGUUAGUCACCAGUUAGGCUUUUGCAUUGAAGAUGGUGUGAUAUGCAGCCUGGUGCGUGGUGGCAUUGCAGAGCGUGGAGGUAUCAGAGUGGGCCAUCGAAUCAUUGAAAUAAAUGGACAAAGUGUUGUGGCAACUGCUCAUGAGAAGAUCAUACAAACUUUGAUGGAUGCUACUGGGGAGGUCCAUAUAAAAACUAUGCCUGCCUCUACAUACAGGCUUCUUACAGGACAGGAGAUCCCAGUCUACUUAUGAGAAUAUUAUCUUUUGUAUGUCUACACACUAUGCUGCAUUUGCGAUGCCCAGGAAGAUAUGUGGACAUUUUAAUUUUAUCAUAUUUUGUCUAGUUCCCUACAUGAACUUUAUAAAAAGCACAAAUAUGCUAUAAGCACACAUUAUUUUGUGUCUAUGCUGCUUAUAGAACUCCUGGAGCUCACAAGAGCUGCACAAGUGGUGCAGUAUAUCAUGUGAAAUUGCAGAAGACUGACUGGAUGUCUGCAGUUUGUGUUCGUGGGCUACUCUUCUUAUUAAGGGCACAGUGCAAUAAGGAAAUAUGACUAGAAUAUCUUAUGUCUUACCACAUUGUUUAUCUUGUUCAUUUACUUUCUGGCUAGAAGACAUUGAAGUUCCACUCUAAAGAAGAACCUAUAUUGUGAAAUCAUCUUAUAAUGGAUUUGGAUCAUUAUAAAUAGAGAUGGAAAUCCCUGACAAAUGUGGACAAUUUUUAAGACAUAGUGGAUUUUUUCAUUGGUUUAAUUGACAACUACAUUUUACAAUAAACUUUUGGUAUGUUAGUUAUGGCAAAUAAAACCAGGAGCAGUCUUAAUUUUACUGGCAUGUGGUUGAUCGUCUGAACAGUGGAUCUUGAGGAAGGUUAGGUAAAGGAAGAUAAAUAAUAAUGUCUGCAAAGUUAUGUGGAAUACUUCCAAUGAAAAUGUACCAUAAAUUGAUCUAAUGAGGAGCUUACUCUUAAUUAGUUUGGAAUAUGGCCAGACCAAGUGUACAAGUAUAAAGAUAGGUGCCUUGCCUAAAUGCCUUAUUCAUACUGGAAUACAUUUGUGACUGUUUUAAAACUACUGUGUGGCAUAUGUAUUUUUUCUGAUAUUAAAUAAAACAUGACUAGCUAGUUUCAGUUCCUGUAGAAAAUUGCAACAUGCAAAAGAAAAAAUAUUUAUUAUUAAAACAACAAACAUCUAUUUAAUAUACAGUUUUGAAGGCUUUUGUUCAGAGUGCUUUCUGCAUCCAUGUUCAGUCUGUAAAUGUAAAAAAGGUUUCACAUACAGCAGAAAUGUUACAGGUCAGUUGCAGGCCCUCCCCAAGCAUCUUCCUCCUCCUCUGAGCUGGAAUAUCUUGCAUUGUUAAACUUUUUGAGUAGUGCAUCAUGUUCAUAUUCUCGACUGGGAGAGGAAAAAAAAAAACAUAUUUACAAGCUUGUCAUAAAACCACAAGCAUAUAUAACAGGCAGCAUAAACCUACAUGCAUAUGUGAUUGCAUGCUUAUACUUAAAGUGGUCAUUGCCACAAUAUUGUGUUCUUGUCGAUACUGGACUACACAUUUUUAAACUUUGACAUCGAAAAAGUAUAUGAAUUGUAUCAAAGGAUGGAAACCCUAAUGGAAACCCCCAUCCCAUUCCCUCCAUUGGCCCACUUCACCCUCCAUAGUACUUUAAAUGAAAAAGUGUCCUUGGCAUUAACAUUGGCAUAUUCAUGCAGAGUAGCGCAGAGUAUGUUCAGAUCCUCUUCUUUUCCUUCAGCAAUCUUCUGAGCUUUCUGGUGCUGUAAGCAGGCAUGAACACCAGACUGGCCCCAACUGUGCAUGUGCAAAAAACGCUGUGUCUGCACUAACUUCAGCGAGGAAUCCAAAGAAAAUGAAAAUGGCACCUACGAGUUCCGCAUGAAUAUGACAACGUUAAUUCCAGGGACACUUUCUUUUAAAGGGGAACUGUCGCAAAAUGAAAAUGUAAUAUAAGCUUCAGCAUACUGAAAUAAGAAAUUUUCUAAAUAUAAUCAGUUAAAAAUUCUGUGUUAUUAUGUUACUAUGAGGCUGUCAAGCAGUCAAAACCAUGAUGCUUGCUUUUUUAUCCUCCAUGGCUGUGAUGCGAUUGUAGUGGGUUUUUUAAAAUUUAUUUUCAUUAUUUUUUUCCAUUUAUUUUUCAUUCAUUUCCCAUUUCAUACUUCUCUAAAUUGUAAAGAAUACAUUUUCUGAAAAAUAAAUAUGCAUAUUAUGGUUCA